AUGAGCGUGCCCAUGUCGCGCCAGCUGAGCCAGUACGGCUACCCAUCAUCUCGCUUCUCAGGCGACAGCUACACCGACCUCCAUUCCCUCCCCUCGCUGCGGCUCUUUCGUUCCGGACGGGGUUCAGGACACGCAGCGGCACAGGUACUCUCACCUGGAGACACGGAGGACGAUGAACCUGGGCCUGGAGGACGAGGACGAGAUGGCAUCUUCUCCCGCCGCGCCAGAUCCGCCUCGCGUUCCUCCCGCGCCCGCGAACGAAGCCGCUCGCUCACCCUCCCACGCGCGCGCACCGCCCCCGUCUCGCCUCCAAGCGACACCGAUGCCGCUUCCGACCAGAGCGACCCCUCCUCGCCCCUUUCUCCCUCCUCGCCUUUCUCCCCUUCCGCCCUGGACCACCCACUCUUCGCACCCACAUUCACACCGCGCCAACUAGCCCGCCUGCAGCGCUCGUCCCUUCACGCACAGAAGCGCGAGAAGGACAAGGCGAAGCACGCGCAUGCGAAGGGCGAGCGGAAGGCUGAGUUGAGGAUCGCGAUGGGCGUGUUGGAGCUUGUUGAGAGUGAGAAGAAGGUUGGGAAGGAGGGGAGGAAGAGGGGCAGGAGUGCGAGUAUGGGCAGGGAUAGGACGGUUAUCGGCGGUCAAGCGGGAGGAGCGGGAGCGGCGCAGGCGACGCAACAGCCGCAGUGGACGAAGCAGGAUGGCUUGUUCGGUAUGCUCGAGCAGGUCGAGCACCAGCUCGAGUCGCGGUUCGACGUCGGUCCGCAUCCCGCUGCGCCCUCAACCCCUCCCUCCGCCUCCAACGCCUCGAACGCGAAGGAGGGCGUCAAGCGACUGGCUGAGGCAGGAGGAGCGGCGGCGCUCAUCAGUCUCGUUGGCGCGGCGGGGGUCGACAUGUGGAGGAAGCGGAAGGAGGAGAAGGCGCGGAGGGGGAGUGUGUCGGCUGCGACGCAGACGAAGGCAGCGGAGCCAACCAGUCGCCCGUCCUCGACGCCUGCUGUUGCCGCCCUAGUCCGACCGCGCUCAUCUUCCGUCGCUUCCGCUCCGGCAGGUCGCGCUGCUCCGCCCGUCUCCCGCCCUCCCUCGAUCCCUCACCCCUUCGCGCCUCCCACGCCCAACCUCCCUCCAGCACCUUACCUCUCGUCCCUCACUCCCGUCCAACACCAUCUCGUCCGGCAUGCCGCUGCUGCCUUGCUCCUCAAGGACCACCGCCAUGGCCGAGGAGUGUUCGAGGGGAUUGAGAGAGUUCUUGAGAGAAUGUGGGAGAGAGGGGAGGAGGUGGGAUAUGUGCAUGGGGGUGGGAAGGGAAGGCCGGUCAAACUCUUCGGCACGCCCCUCAAGUACCUCACGAAGCACGAAGGCGUCGACUCGUUUCACGGCGCCAAUCCGCACGGAACAGUCCGCAUUCCGGAGUUCGUCGAUCACUGCAUCACGGCGCUCAAGAUGAUGGACAUGACCACCGAAGGCAUCUUGCGCAAGUCGGGCAAGUUCCGCGUUGUGAACGAGAUCAUCAACGCGCUCGACUCGAGCGGCGGGAACGAUACGGUCAUCGACCUCGCUGCUCUCGACCCGAUCACCCUGGCUGACUUGUUCAAGCGAUUUUUGGCCGCUCUUCCCGACCCCGUUUUGACUGGCCACCUCUUCAACCUGUUCAUCGCCUGCUCGCACAUCAAGAACGUCGGGAUCCGGAGAAGGGCAAUGCACCUCGUCAUCUGCCUCAUGCCGCGAGCGAACCGCGACGUCAUGGAAGUCAUCUUCCUCUUCCUCGACUGGCUCUCGACCUUUGCGCACAUCACGGUCAAGGACGGGAACAAGAUGGAGCUGACUUCGAUCGCGAAGAUCAUGGCUCCAACCCUCCUCCGCCCGCUCCACCGCCCGCCUCACCCACACGAAGUCCCCUCAAUGAUCUCCUCCGUCCUCCUCCUCCUCGAAGACCAGCACCUCCUUCACUCGGUACCCGUCGAACUCGCGCAAGUCUUGCAUAUCGAGGUACCGAAGGAGCACUUGGGGAAGAAGGGUGCGGCGGAAAGCGGUGGGUUGGUGGCGUGGUUGGAGAAGGAGACGAUGGACCCGUCGAAAGACGUGUUUGAGGACACUAGCAUGCUCGAUGACCCCGCCGACGACGACUACGCUCCUCCCGGCGGGUCACGCAGCACCGCCUCGCCCAAGUCCCGCGCGAGCAAGUCGAAUAAAGGUUCGCCGACGACUCCGAGCAAGGGCAAAGGGCGCGAGAGGAGGAAGAGCGCCGAGCCGGCGGCUCAGCCAAAGCGCAAUGUGCCGUUCCCGCUGUUCGACUUGCCAGGCGAAAUCAUCGACGCCAUAAUCUAUUCGCCCAUCCUUCGCGUUCACGACCACCUCCGUCUCGCCGCAACCUGCCGCUCCCUCCGCUCGGCCUACUACACCCCGCCUCCCUCCGGAAAAGGCUUCGCCUCCUUUAGGUCGCCCAUCUGGAAAGCCCUUACGAAAGAGCGCAACUUCGAGUCGCUCGGCAAGAACCGCUAUUACUACGGAAACGGCGCGUACUCCUAUGGAGGCGGGCAGAGCAAGGAGGAGAGCGACCGGAUUCUCAAGCACCUCUGGAGUCGCGAGGACCGCAUUGACCCCGACAAGAUGCUCGUUCUCGCUCAGAAGACGGUCGCGGGUCGUAAGGGGCGCGGAGGAGUUGUCAUGCCGUCGACGGUGGUUGUGCAGCCGGUCAGGAGCGUCGAAUGGGACGACGUGAUCGCGACGCUCUCGACGCAGCGAAUCACUAAGACGACCGCCAAGUCCGAGUACAAGCUCAACGACAGCGAACUCUCCCGUCUCAGCUACCGGGAGAGGCGCAAUCCGCACUACCGCUUCGCAGCGCCCAUGCAGCUCUACCUCGAAAUCGCGGUCGAGACGCUCGCCUUCCGCCUUCACGGUGGCUAUGCAGGUCAUGUCGCUCUGCUCAAGAAGCGCGAGUCGGCGGCGGCCAAGGCGGCUCAGACGAAGCGUGCCAAGCUCGACGGGACGUGGGUCUCGCCGAAACAGAAGACGAAGGUUGAACAGGAGCAGGCAUACGGGGACGAGGGCGAGGACGACGAGCAUAUCUUCAGUCCUCCGUCGCCGCCUGCCUUCGGUGCCUUCCCUGCUACCCCUGCUUUUGGCGGCGCCGUGGCAGCUGGCACCUCCAGCUUGAGCCAUCUCUUCGCUCCGAGUCCCUUCACCCAGUCGCCACCUCCCUCGUCCUCCUCGGCCGUCCCUUCGCACCUCGCCGGCUUCAUCGGUCUCCAGCCCGCCUCCACCUCGACGCUUCCAGCCCUUCCCGCGCUCCAGCAGCCCUAUCAGCCGCACAGUAACUUCACGCCUCCGGCCGCACCCGUCGCAGGCCCGUCGGUCAUCGUCAAGCCAGACCCGGCCCCUAUGCCUUUGGUCCGCGAGGCUGGGACGUCCACCGCAACCUCGACGCCGCCUGACGCCAAGCUCGAGCUCAAGAGGGAGGAGGAGGAGGAGCCGAAUGCGCGUGUCGCUCCGCCUGCUGCUGCGGAGGUCGACGUCAAGCCGGAGAUCAAGCCGGAGGAGACGGACGAGGCUGAAGAGGGAGGCAGGAGGACGAGCAGGCGCAGGGGCGCGAAGAGGAGCUACAAGCAGUACGCGGACGGAGGGUUUGACGUCUUUGAGUGA